AUGAAGUCACUCGACGUUUCACGAUCCUCAUCUUCUGUCUCAAGGUCUCUGUACCAUUCUCCGAGAUACCCAUUGAGGCGUCUUCAGCUAAAUUGCCGUUCAAACCGAGAAAUCAAAGACUCGUCAAACCAUAGGGAAGAUUGUUGCUCCGGCGGAGAAUCGAAGACGUGGAAGGGGAUUUUAUCUGCAGCAUUAGCAGCGGCGGUUAUCGUCUCGAGCUCCGGCGUUCCGGCCAUGGCAGAGCUUAACAAGUUUGAGGCCGAUACACGUGGCGAGUUUGGUAUAGGAUCAGCUGCUCAGUUCGGUUCUGCUGAUCUCAGCAAAACAGUUCACUCCAAUGAAAAUUUCAGAAGAGCCAACUUCACUUCUGCAGACAUGAGAGAGUCUGAUUUCAGCGGUUCAACAUUCAACGGCGCCUAUCUCGAGAAAGCCGUUGCAUACAAAGCUAACUUCUCAGGUGCUGAUUUGAGCGACACAUUGAUGGACCGGAUGGUGCUAAACGAGGCAAAUCUGACAAAUGCGAUUCUGGUCCGUUCGGUUCUAACCCGUAGUGAUCUCGGCGGUGCCAAGAUCGAAGGUGCCGAUUUUAGUGACGCUGUGAUUGAUCUUCUUCAAAAACAGGCUCUGUGUAAAUACGCAAACGGGACAAACCCAUUGACCGGAGUGAGCACCAGGAAGAGUCUUGGAUGUGGAAAUAGCCGGAGAAAUGCAUAUGGCUCGCCUUCGUCUCCUUUACUCAGUGCACCGCCUCAACGCCUGCUCGGCCGUGAUGGAUUCUGCGACGAAAAGACCGGUCUUUGUGACGCCUCCUAG